UCUUCAGUAAGACCAUUAUUUCCAUCCUCCAUCGCCUUUCUUCUUGGCCAAUACAAAGGUGAUGUGAGAUAGACACUUUUAUCAUACUAAGAGUGCUCUCUUCUCUAUAUUUAUGUAGUUUAUUUCUUAUCUAUUGGUUGAAAUGGGAAGCAAAAGAAGCAAUUCUAAAGAGGAAAUUGUAAGAAGCCGCUGUAACAAGGUGAGUAUCGGAAGAAAUUUUGAGGUCAAUUAUAGUUCAGGAAUUGAGAAGGAGAAAAGAAUGAAUGAAGAUGACAAUGGUAUUGCUUUAAUUCUAUCCAUCUUCCAUGCUGAAGGGAUACACAACCUUAGGACGAAUCCUUUCGUUACUCAUGGGAUUUAUAAGGUUGAAUCUUGGGUUGAAAUUGGAAACCCAUGCGUAACUCUAGAAGUGUCCGGCUCAGCAAACCCCGUAUGGAACCAAAGAUUUUGCAUCCCAUUAGAAAAUCCCAUGGAUUGUAAGGUUUUACAUUUGGAAGUAAUUCGAACUUAUUCUAGAUCUGAUCCAGGAACAUCUACUGGCGAGGUCUUGGUAGGCAAAAUGCAGCUCCCAUUGCCCAAACUCUCAACCAAAAUACAAGGCCUUUUUGGAUUCGUGAAGCCUGAAGGGAUUGGAUACAAGGUCGCGGGGGGGAUUUAUCUAAGUAUGGAGUUGACUAAAAUUAAAAAGUAUAAGUAUUUUGUCUAAAUGUUCAAUUAAUGUUUUCAACAAAGCUCUUAGAUUGUUCUAAUAAAUAAGGAAUUUGUAUUUCCUUUCGCAGUUUA